GAGGGAGCGACCGGCGCGGCCCGAGCGGCACCGGCACCGGCCGCCGACCCAGCCCAGCCCAGCGCGGCCCCGCGGGGCCCCGAUGAUGCCGGGCGCGCGGGCGGCGGAGCAGCAGCAGCAGCGCCCGGGCGUGCGGCGGCCGCUGCCGCCCCAGUGACGGCCCCGCCAUGUCGGUGAUGGUGGCGAGGAAGAAGGUGGUUCGGAAAUGGGAAAAGCUGCCGGGCAGGAACACCUUCUGCUGCGACGGCCGCAUCAUGAUGGCCCGGCAGAAGGGCAUCUUCUACCUGACGCUCUUCCUCAUCCUCGGCACCUGCGCCCUCUUCUUCGCCUUCGAGUGCAGGUACCUGGCUGUGCAGCUGUCCCCAGCCAUCCCCGUGUUUGCAGCAGUUCUCUUCCUGUUUGCCAUGGCCACGCUGCUGCGGACGAGCUUCAGCGACCCCGGCGUGAUCCCCAGGGCUCUGCCCGACGAGGCAGCCUUCAUUGAGAUGGAGAUUGAGGCCACCAACGGGACCGUGCCGCAGGGUCAGCGCCCGCCCCCGCGCAUCAAGAACUUCCAGAUCAACAACCAGAUCGUGAAGCUCAAGUACUGCUACACGUGUAAGAUCUUCCGGCCGCCCCGUGCCUCGCACUGCAGCAUCUGUGACAACUGCGUGGAGCGCUUUGACCAUCACUGUCCCUGGGUGGGCAACUGUGUGGGGAAGAGGAACUACCGCUACUUCUACCUCUUCAUCCUCUCGCUCUCCCUCCUCACCAUCUACAUCUUCACCUUCAACAUCGUCUACGUAGCACUGAAAUCUCUGAAGAUUGGGUUUCUGAACACGUUGAAGGAAACCCCAGGGACUGUGCUGGAGGUGCUCAUCUGUUUCUUCACGCUGUGGUCGGUGGUGGGGCUAACUGGGUUCCACACCUUCCUGGUGGCACUGAAUCAGACAACCAACGAAGACAUUAAGGGGUCCUGGACUGGGAAGAACCGCGUGCAGAAUCCCUACAGCCAUGGUAACAUAGUGAAGAACUGCUGCGAGGUGCUCUGCGGGCCCCUGCCUCCCAGUGUCCUGGACAGACGGGGCAUCCUGCAGCAGGAGGAGAGCACAGCUCAGGAGGGGUCAUGCCCGCGGGCACCUGGCACACAGGAGCCCCCAGCCACGCAGGGCCCUGGGCAGGCCCAGGAGGGUGGCACGAAGCAUCAGGAUGGCCGCAUUGCUCCCCCCAGUGCCGUCCCUGUGCUGUCCAUGAGUGACACCGAGAUGCCGGAGAAGCAGCAAACGCCCGGGGAGCUCCCGGUGCCCUCCCCGGACGCUGGGCGAGCGGAGCACUAGCAUCUGCUUGGAAGGGAGAACUUUGUUGUUUUGUCUAAUCAAAGCUGGAAGUGUUGGAGGAGAGGAGAAGGGCUGGAUGGCAGGCACCUGAUUCCCCAUGGCCAUUUUGCUUUAGUCAUUACUCACCAGUGGCACGGGACAGCGAGCGCGGGUGGCACGUACUGGUCACCAUGAGGCACUGCCACCACCGAGGCAGCUCUGCCUGGGGCCCAGCCUCUGGCUCUGCUGUUCUGGAUGCUCCAUCCCGGCUCAGGGCUGGGGCUGUCCCUCUGGCAGGGCGAGGCUGUUAGGGCCGGCCUGCUCCCUCCUGCUGAGGAAUCCCCAGGGAAGGGGAAAGCAAUGGUGGCAGCAGUGUCCUCUCUCCCCUCCUCCCUCCUUCCUCUAAUCCGUCGCGUUGUUUUGUGGUUGGCGUGGCAAGGCUUGUCAGGAGACAUUUUGGUGGCCCAAGGACCCAAACAAGGGGGAAGGAGUUCUGCUGGCAGCAGUUUUUAAGUAGCUUUCUUCCCCUGCUCCUUUCCAUGUGAUGUAACAAGGCAGCAGCUCUGAAGGGACCCUCCUUCCCACCCUGGGCUUUGAGGGAGGGACAGGGCAGCCAGGGUGGACUGAGCUGCAGGGAAGGUCUGUCUGUGCCACUGGCCCCUGGCUGCUGCUGGGGCUGUGUCUGCUGCUGGGUGUCUGCACUGAACCCUCCCCAGCUGUGGCGCAGCAGCUGUGCAGAACCUCAGUCCCAAUUCUGUGUUGUGUCAUUGCAUCCCCGUGUCCAGCCCUGGCCUUUUUCUGCUGUUCUCAGCCGUCCUGGACUGGCUUUGGGAGCUUUGCAUCUUCUCAGGAUUGUGCCAGCUACCCAGGGCUGGGCUGUGUGGUGUGGGUCACUUGUGUGUGUCCUCAACAGAGGAGGAGAGGCUGUGGGAGAGCUCUGUGCCAUGGCAGGGCUCCCCCAGCUCCACAGGACCCUCACACCUCUGGGAUCCCCGCAGAGGUGGCUGGUGGGGGACAGCCCGUUCCGUGUCCUGGCAGCUCCACAUCCCCAGUACUGGGCACUCCCGUUCCUCCCCGCGGGUGUGUGCUGGCUGCUGGGGGUGUCCUGCCUGCCCCGUCCCGUGUGUGUGUCCGUGUUGCUCCUGCCUGGCAGUGGGAAAUGCCUGGUGCUCCGUCCCUGGCUCCUCGUGCCAGCCUGCUCUCCCCAGCCGGGAUCCUGCUCCCUCUGGAGCCUGGCCCGUUCCUCCCACCUCGCUCCUUGCCCUCGGGCUGUGGCUGGCAGCGAGGGGUGUGGUGUGAACGGGGCACUGGCACUGCCUCCUCUCCCGGGUGAGAGGGCAGAGCUGCCCCAGCUGCUCCCAGUUGGAAUGUGGCAGGGAAGGAGCCCCGGCCAUGGCCCUACAGCCAGCCCAGCUCAGCCCCAGCCCGUUCCAUCCUCCGGGGACAGGCCCUGUGCCCCUCCCCGUGAGAGUCGCCCCAACAGGCUACUGACCAAAUCUCCAGUUGGGUGCAAAACUGUAUUUUUUGGUUCUGCUGCUCCCUGUUCCAUGAGCUGUUGUGGACUGCUGCCUGCCAGGACCUGCCUGCAUGGGUCAGGGUCUCCAGAAGGAAGGAAGGGGUUGGGUGAGGAUUGGGUGUUCUUUAUUUUUUUUCUUAUUAUUAUUUUUUUUUAAUUUUAAAACAAUGAAGGAAACUUAAUUUGUUUGAAAAUGGCUGAGCUGUAGCCCCUGCAUGUCUGUGCUGCCCCAAGCCAGCUGCCUCUUCCCCCUUCCCUGUGUGUUUCCAGGACUCUCCAUCUCGCACUUCCAGGGUGUCUUAGCUGUGUUAUUUGCAUCUUGCUGUCCCCCAUGGCAGGUGAGGGGGGUCUCUGUGUGUCCAUGCUGAGAAGUCACAGUGUCCUGGGCAGGCUUCCAUCCCAAGCUCCCCUCCUGAGCUUGCUGGCAAACCUGGCAAAAAGCAGCCAAUGCCUGUGGUGUCUUGGCAGCGAGCGCGGUGCCCCGGGGUGCCCAGAGUCCCUCUGGGGCAGUGGUGCCAGGCAGUGCCAUGCAAAAUGUCCUGGGUCACCUUGUGCCCACCCGGCAUCUGGCUCUGGUGCAGGAGCCAAGCCAGGCCCCAAGGUGCCACCACUUGGGUCCCCUGUCCCCUCCCAGCAGCCCUCCCUUCCAGUCCAGCCCC